GGCUUAACGGUAGCUCGACGUCCGUGCGCCGCAAGCAUGACGAGCGCCACAGACUGCGCUCUUCUCGCACUGCUUCUGGUACAACUGAUCUCCGCGCAAGACUACGAUGUUACGGACAUCCAGUGCACGUUUUCGAGCGGGGGCUCCGGAAUCCGGGAUUCCGUGUCGGCGUUACUCCGGAAGCCGGAGGGUUUCCGGGGCGGACCCCUGUUCGCCGACGACCGCGCCACGGACCCCAUCGCGGACCCCGUGUGCCAGAUCCGACCGGAGGCUGAAGACCCCACUGGCCUGUUAUACAGGCUGAAGAUCACUGACUUUUCCAAGUGCGGAGUGUUGAAGAGAAAUGGCUUCGUGCACGUCCGCAUCUGGUUCCCGCAGUUCCCGGGCGUGGUGAUGCAGUCGGACCAAGAGCUGAUCAUCAUGUGCAAGCCCCCGGAACCCACCAUCAUCGAGAACAAGGCCGCCGGCUUCGCGGGCAGCUUCCCCCACGGCGCCCGAGUGUCCGGCGUGGUGGAGGAGACCCCGGGACGGCUGGAGUACGAGGUGGCUCUGUACAAGGAGGCACCGCCUGUGUCCCGACACUCCAACCACUCUGUCGACAUGCCCGUUGACCAGGCGGUUCCAAUCGGAACUAAGCUACAACUGCGCGCGCGUAUCAACCCCGACUCCGCGUGGAGACACAUCAAGCUGCUGGAGGUGGCUGUGUCGCCGGAUCCCGACAGACCACACGCGUCUGGCUCCGUCCUGCUCGUCAAAGACGGUUGCCGCAAUCGCGACUUCGCUUCGAUAAUCCCCCACCAGCCCGCGAGGUACAGGGAGAGACAUAACGAGGUGUUCCUAGACUUCGAAGCCUUCCUGCUGGCGUCGAUGAAGGAACGGUCUACGCUGUGGAUCCACUCGCAGAUCAAAGCCUGCAUGGACGCUGCUGACUGCCAACCAGACUACUGCUUGGACUUGUUCGAGCCAUCAGGACAUGGACGACGAAGGAGAUCGGUACCUCACAGCGACCACAACCUGACCAGCUACUCUCUGGUUGCCGACAACGGCUCCACUCCGUUCACGCGGUUCAAGGAGAACCUGGAGUACACCGUAGUGAUGCCGGGAGAGCUGUUCCACAGGACGCCGAUAGAAGGCACCUGCGCCACGUCCAUGAUGGUCGCGGUCGCGCUUGGCGCUUUGCUGUUUAUGUCUGCGCUCCUGAUGUGCUACCUCGCGACGAAACUAAACUCAACAUUGCUGAAAAACAGCAGCCUGCAGGGGCCAACGGGGAAGGGAUUUGAACAGAUUUUGCGAGAGCUUGCCCACCACAACCUACCAGAAACCGGCUACGCUGGCCGCCCUACAGUGCAGUGACACACAGAAGGAUAGGAGUGAUAGGACAAUGAUUGUGUACUUGUUAAUUUAUUAAUGUAGCUGUUUAUUUUACCUAUAGUUAGAAAAUAGUCUAAGUUAAGUUUGACCGAAUUCUUGGGCAAUGAUAAUUCAUAGAAUUCAAGAGCCAGUACUCUUACCUAUAAUAUAUAACCAGACAACAACAUUGUGA